AUGUCGAACCAAGCGCAAGGAGAGAAUAUAAGCGAUAUUCCGGAAAGGGAAGAAGCUGAUUCAGUUGUGUACAGCGAAUGUCAAGGUGCCAAAAAUAUUGUCGAGGACAAGGAGUGGAAAGAGGAAGGGCAAAGGAUCGAAGAGAACGAGCUUCCGAUUUUCAGCUCCGACGAAGGAAGUCGUUCAAAGCAAAGCAAAAGGGGGGAGGAAGUGGCAGAGCAGGAAAGAGAGGGGGAGAACGAAGAAGGCCAGGAGACGACAGGUGGAGAGCAAAUUUCAGGUCAGCAGAUAUGGGAUUUUGGAAAGAAGAUCGGGCUUUCAAGUCGAAUUCCAGACGAAGAUGUUGCUCGACAGAUUGAGAGAGAUGUUACUGAUUUGGUGAAAGGGCAGAAGAUCGAUUUUUGUUGCUUACAGGAGACAAAGAUGGAGGUGUUCAGGGAUUUGUUCUGUAAAUCUUGGUGGGGGUCUAAUUAUACAGACAGAGCGAUUAGGAAUUCGGAGGGAAGGGCUGGAGGAAUUGUUUGCUUGUGGAAUAGGGAGGUUUUCGAAGCCUCUAGUACGUGGGAUUUACCGGGGGCGGUGGUGGUGAAUGGUAGGUACAAGGAGGGUGAUAUCUUAUGUUGCAUCAUCAACGUGUACGCACCAGUCGGCUCAGGGGAUAAGCGGAUCUUGUGGGAUGCCUUAAGCUCAAUUGUGGAACAAAAUACGGAUAGGAGUGUCUGUAUCUUGGGAGACUUUAACUCAGUUAGGAGGAGGGAUGAACGUGUGGGCAGUGGGGAGGCGUUUGGAGCAACUGAUGCAAGAAGUUUUGAAGAAUUUAUCCGGGAGAACGAUUUGGAGGAAAUUAAAACUCAUGGCCGGAAGUUUACUUGGUACAAACCAAAUGGAAAGUGCAAGAGUAAGAUUGAUCGCUUUCUCGUUAAUGAGAAUUGGCUGGCUGCGUGGGAAGGGACGUCGGCACGAGGACUUCAACGUUCAAUUUCGGAUCACUGUCCGAUUAUUCUCACUACAAGAUCGGAGGAUUGGGGACCAAGACCUUUUCGGUUCCUCAAUGCAUGGGUGAAUCAUUCGGAGUUCGAGGAUAUGGUAAAGCAGGUUUGGACGGGGACUAAUGUGGGGGGAUGGAGCUUUUUUGAGGUUAAGGAGAAACUGAAGAAACUCAAAGAGGCCUUGAAGGUGUGGAAUCGGACUUCUUUCGGUGAGAUUGACCACAAAAUCCAAGAACUUCAGAAGGAACUUCAGGAUAAGGAUAAGGUGGACGAACAGAGAGGUCUUGAAGAAUCAGAGGUGAUCAGGAGAAAUGAGAUUCAAGCCAUGCUCUCCCUUCAAUUCAAGAAUAAACAGAUGAUGCUGCAACAGAAAGCCAAAAUCAAAUGGCUCAAAGAGGGAGACUCUAAUUCGGGUUUUUUUCAUAGGGCAAUUCGUGGGAGACGGGUUAAAAACGAAAUUGGCGGAAUGCUCUUUGAAAACUCGUGGAUAUCUAAACCGGAAGAGGUUAAAGCAAGAGUGAGAAAUCAUUUUGAAGCUUUUUUCAAAAGGAAAGAACGACUGAUGCCUGAUUUCCCCCUGGACUUCAUGUGGAGGAAAAUUUCAACUGACGAGAGGCAGUGGCUAAUCAGGGAUUUUGAUCUGGACGAGAUUAAAGAAGCAGUUUGGAGCUGUUGUGGAGACAAGAGUCCGGGACCCGAUGGAUUUAACUUCACAUUCUGGAGAGCGGCGUGGCACAUGGUUAAAGAGGACUUACUCCAGGUGUUGAAGGAAUUUCACGAAAACGGGAAAAUUCCGAAAGGUGCAUACGACUCUGUGCAAUGGGAUUUCCUGGAUAUGCUUCUCGAUCGACUUAACUUUGACGGAGUUUGGAGGAAGUGGAUUAAAGGGUGUCUAGAAUCUGGAACGGCAAGUGUAUUGGUGAACGGGUCAUCGACGGGAGACUUCAAAAUGGAGAGAGGUUUGAGACAGGGUGACUCGUUGUCACCUUUCCUUUUCCUUAUUGUGGCGGAAGGCCUCAACGAGUUCAUUGAAAGAGCAGCGGAGAGGCAGUUCCUGGUUCCGGCGAAGAUUGGCAAGGAUAAAGUGCCCAUUUCACAUCUUCAGUACGCAGACGAUACUAUCUUCUUGUUGGAGGCAGAUGAUAGGAAUAUGGAGAGUGUGAAGAAACUCCUGAUUCUCUUCCAGUUCGUCUCGGGUCUAGCUGUAAAUUUCGACAAAAGCUGUCUUUUGACAGUGGGAGUGGAUGAGGCAGUUGAGCGGAGAUGGGCAUCGCUUCUCACAUGCAAGAUCGGAUCAUUUCCGUGCAACUACUUGGGUACUAAAGUGGGGGGGCGCAGCAAUGGUGUUGGAGAUUGGAAGUUUUUGGUUGAAAAAGUAUCAAACAAAGUGGCAAGCUGGAAGAAGAGACACCUUUCGCUGGCAGGACGAAUUACUCUAGUCAAGUCGGUGUUGCAAUCCAUCCCGGUCUAUCAAUUAUCCCUCGCUUUCGUACCUAAAGCGGUGAUUAAGGAACUUAAUUCACUGUUUUCCAAAUUUUUGUGGGGAGGAGGUACACAGAUGAGGGGUAUCACCUGGUUUAAGUGGAAUGCCUUGUGCUUAAACAAGGAUUCAGGAGGCCUGGGGUUUCAGAAUAUCGAUUGGUUUAAUCAGGUGCUGUUAAGUAAGUGGCUCUGGAGGUUUUUGGGGGAGGGUAAGGCUCUGUGGGUAAGGGUGAUUAAAUCGAUUUAUGGGGAGCUAGAGUGGGGGGAAGGGGGAGAAUGUUCGGUGGCGGGAAGAGGUGGACAGAAAGGGUGGUGGCAGAAAAUUAUGGAUAAGGAAGGAGGUAGAAGAGAUCGGUGGUUCAUCAAUAAUUUGAGGCGAAAAAUUGGGGAUGGGCUUGAGACCAGCUUCUGGGAGGAUGUGUGGGCGGUUGACAAACCCCUUAAGUUUGUGUUUCCGAGAUUGUAUAAUUUGAGCCUGAACAAGAAAAGCCUGGUUGGUGAAAGCGGGUUUUGGGAGGGAGGCUCAUGGGUGUGGAGGGUGGAGUGGAGGAGGGAGUUAAGGGAGAGGGAGAAAGGGUUUGCGGAGGAUCUCCGAUUGGCGAUUGCUGAGUUUGCUCCUUCUGUAAAUGUAACAGACGGAUGGAACUGGAAGGCGACAUCAGAUGGAUGCUUCACAAUCAAGUCGGCAUAUGAAAUAGUGGCAAAAAUUAGAGAGUAUGCAAUGUGCACGAGUUAUUGGAAAAAUGAUUUUGCCCUACUUUUCAAGCUUGUAUUACAUAAUUCCAUUCAAAAUAUUCUCAAGCUGAUUUGCAAUACAGCAAUGUGA